CUCACGCAUGAGAGACGAUUACAAGCGGUCUCGUGUUUUCUAUUCAAACUACGCACAACACCGUAGUACUUGUCGUGUCUGGUGUUGGCUGUGGACGGUUGUAGCGUUGUGGUCAGUUGUAACGGACUGGGACGUGACCAUCACAUUGCGAGCACGAUGUGGAAUGCAGCAAAGGUUGCCAGACUUGGAUUUCAGUUUGUUGCAUCACAGGCCAGAAAAUGCUCACAAAAUUCAUAUGGAGAAAAGAGCAUCAACAGCGUCACACUGCUGGGCAGGGCGGGCUCGGCGCCCCAGAAGCGUGGCACUGAAGAGCACCCAGUGGUGGUGUUCUCCAUGGCCACCAACACAUACCACCGGCAUCUGGAAGGCGAAAUCAGUCAGCAUGUGCAGUGGCACCGGAUCAGUGUGUUUCGGCCCUUGCUGCGGGACACUGUGCACCAGCACCUGGCCAAGGGCCAGCGGCUGCUGGUCCGUGGCAGCAUCAGCUACUACACGGUUCAAGACACGUACAACAACACCAGCACAGUGACGUCCAUAAUUGCCGACGACGUCAUAUUCUUGAGUCGCGCCAGCCAGUCGUCCGAGCCGGCGGCGGACGACGAUGCGACCAACGAGGAAGAGGUGAAAUAGUCUAGUCCGGGGCAGGUGCUCACGCCGCCGCUCCAUACGCUUUUGCUUAGAUCUCCCGUGGACUCUGUCUAUUCAUCGGGGCGAUGACUUUUGUGCUGCAAGUGAAGAUAUUGCUUCUGACCAAGCAUUUCGGAAGCACUGUACGCUUGGUACUUGGCUGAGCUGAGAAAUACACACAGAUGCGUCUUGAUGAAAAUGUUUAUUUAAUUACACCAUUGUACAGUGCCUAUGCGCUGCUGCCAGCACAAGCACUCGGCCAUUGCUUGUCACAACAGAAAUACAACACAAUGUCGCUCUCCUUGCCGGACCGGCCUUACAAAAUAAAUGCUUCCAAGUAGAGGCUAGAGCAUCGGGAUCACCCAGUCUGCAGAUCACAAAGCAUUGGAGACGGCUGGUUCUGCGGCGUGCGCGUGACGGGUUCGGUGGCCGAGCGCCGGGCCGCCGCCGGCGCGCGCU